AAAGUCGAGAACACCCACAGCCCCUCCUGGAUGCCCACCAGUGUCACCAUCCCCGCGGACCUCACCCUCCCCAGCCAGCUGAUAUUUGAGGGAGUGAGGGGCAGCACGACCUACGUAGACAUCUCUCUGGAUGCCCUGUCCAUCCAUCUGGGUACCUGCCAUCGGGUCUACGUGAUGCAAACCUGCAGCUUUAAUACCCUAGAUGAUCUCUGUGGCUGGAGCUGGGUCCCCACUGCCUCUGGGGCCAAGUGGAGCCCAUGGAAGGUCUCAUCAGGGCAGCCAGGCGUGAGGCCCAACAACGACUUCUCCAGCCCUGGUAGAGGCUUCUACAUGCUCCUGGACCCCAAGAAUGCAAAGCCUGGGCAGAAGUCGGUCCUCCUGAGUCCACCGAGCCGCGUGGCUGUCUGUCUGAUGCUGUCCUUCCAUUACAUCCUGUGGAGCUGGGCUCUGGGCACAGCCCUCCUGGUCUACGCCUCAGUUUCCAGCAGCAUUCGGAAACACACACUCUUCUCGGGACAACCCGGGCCUAACUGGCAGCGUGUUUCUGACAAUUACACUGGACAAGGACAGAUAGAGUUCAGCGUGGUGGGCGUGUUCGGCGAGACCCCAGAGCUGGCAGUGGCAGUGGAUGAAAUCAGCAUUGCUCCCUGUGAGGAGAGCUUUCCCCAGUGAGACUUUGAGGACAGCACCCACCCGUUCUGUGACUGGACCCGUGUGUCAGGGGAUGGCAGCUGCUGGGCCUGGGGAAGUGAAAAUAUGUCCACUCACAUCACCGGCCCCUUGGAAGGGGAUUGGCAGGUGCCACGGGGUGGAGGAGGAUGCAAGCACUGUGUCUACCUGGAGGUAGAUAGGUCCUCCCAGGUUGAUAGGUCCACGAGGCUGGUGAUCCGGCCCUUCUGCACCCCAGGCAAUGUCUGCUUGGAGUUCUCAUAUCACAUGUACAGUCUCGGAGAAGGCACCUCGCUCAGGCUCCUGCUCGGGGGCCCUGCGGGCAGUACUCCCACCCUGCUAUGGGACCGCGUUGUGUCGCAGAAGCCCAACUGGCUGAACGCCACUGUCACCAUCCCUUCGGGACAUCAGCAGCCCAUGCAGCUGAUCUUGGAGGCCAUCCGCGGUAGCAAUGCUGCCUUUGUGGUCGCUGUGGGUUUCAUCUUGAUCAGUCAAGAGACUUGUCGAGGGAGGAGGACACUUAAGCCCAGGAAGAGUCACACCCUGAAGAGACCAACUGACGGGACCACUGUCCCCAUAGAAAAGCCCACUGUCCUCACUGAGGAGAACACUCUCCCUAUAGAAAAACCCACCAUCUCAGCUGAAGGACCUAUUGUCCCCACUGAAGAGACGACCAUCCCUGCUGAAGAGACCAUUGUCCCCAUCAAAGAGCCCCCCAUCUCCACAGAAAAAUCCCCUCUCCUCACUGAAAAGCCCGAAGCUUGUACACCCUCUUGUCCCAGUUCCACUCUUCUGCCCUUGGGGCCAACAGCCAUGGCGACACCUCCAGAUGCUCCGACUGCCUCCAUGACCAGCGGUGCCCCAGCCACCACAGUGAGCUGCCUCUCAAAUGCCCACUAUGAGCCUUGUGCGUGCCCAGUGUCCUGUGAGACCCUCAAUCCCAGUUGUGGGCCACUCUGCCAGCCAGGCUUCGUCUGCAAUCCUGGAUUUCUGCUCAGUGCCAUCCAGUGCAUCAAUGCCUCGUCCUGCAACUGCACCUAUGGCGAUAAGAGCUACAAGCCUGGGGAGCAAUGGUUCAGCCAAAACUGUGCAGAGCAUUGCUGCUGCUGGCCAGGUGGUUGAGUGGAGUGCCAGCUCUCUCAGUGUGGACACACUAUGUGCCAGCUGAAGAAUGACCAGUACGGAUGCCCCCCGUACAGCGGCACUGCCACUUGCUUGGUGUACGGAGACCCUCAUUAUGUCACCUUUGAUGAGAGGCACUUUGGCUUCACGGGCAAAUGCACGUACAUCUUGGCCCAGUCCUGCCGCAACUCCACAGAGCCAUUCUUCAGGGUGACAGCAAACAAUGAGGAAUAGGGACAGGAAGGUGUGUCCUGCCUGAGCAAAGUCUAUGUGACCCUGCUGGAGACCACGGUCACACUGCUCCGGGCGAUGCACAGUGGUGUUGAGGGCCAUCGAGUCACUCUGCCAGCCAUGCCUGCUAAAGGUGUCUUUGUGGGUCCAAGUGGGCAAUUUGUGGAGCUGCAGACAGCGUUGGGCCUACGUGUGAGAUGGGACAGCCAGCAGCAGCUGUUUGUGACAGAGUCCAGCACCUAUGCAGGCAAACUCUGCAGUGGUUUCUGUGGCAACUAUGAUGGGGAGAGCAGCAACGACAACCUGGCCGAUGGUAACCCAGCACGGGAUGAUGAGGAGCUGGGGAAUAGCUGGCAGGUGGUUGAGGGUGAGGACAGGGAGUGCCUGCAGAACUGGGCAGAUUUCCCAUCCUGUGAAGCGGCCUUGAAGAGCACUAUAUCGGGGCCCAGGUUCUGCAGCGGCCUGGUGGACUCCUGAGGACCGUUUGAGGCCUGCCUGCUGCACCUGAAGGCCUCUUCCUUCUUCAACAACUGUAUGUCAGACCUGUGCAGCUACCAGGGGUUCCCGGUGAUGUUGUGCGCCCACCUGUCAGCCAUGACCGCAGCCUGCCAGGAUGCUGGCUACCCCGUGAAGCCCUGGAGGGGACCCCAGUUCUGCCCCCUGGCCUGCCCUCGAAAUAGCAGGUACUCCCUGUGCGCCAGCCCAGCGUGCUCGGACACCUGCCGUGCAGCCUUUUCCAACAAGCCCUGCCCGGGCCACUGUGUGGAAGCCUGUGAGUGCAACUGGGGCUUCAUCCUCAGCGGCCUCGAGUGUGUCCCCUGGGCCCAGUGCAGGUGCCUCAGCCCCUCAGGGAGCUACUUCAAGGUGGGGGAGUGGUGGUACAAGCCAGGCUGCAAAGAAUUUUGUGUCUGCCGAGGCAACAACCACAUUCACUGCCAGUCCUGGAGGUGUCAGGCCCAGGAGGCCUGUGGCCACCAGAAUGGCCAGUAUGGCUGCUAUGGCCAAGGUUCUGCCACCUGCACCGCCUUGGGUGACCCCCACUACCUAACAUUUGAUGGAGCCCUGCACCACUUCCUGGGCACCUGUACCUACACCUUGACCCAGCCUUGCUUGUCCCAGUACUUGGAGAACCACUUUGUUGUGAGCACCACCAGUGAGAUUCGAGAUGGGGACUUGCAGGCCUCCUAUGUCAAAGCUGUCCACGUGCAGGUCUUCGACCUCAAGAUUUCACUGAUCAAAGGCUGCAGGGUUGUGCUGAACGGCCUUCGGGUGAACCUACCUGUGUGGCUGUCGAAAGGCUGGGUGGCCAUUAGGCUCAGUGGCUCCUUUAUCCUGCUCUACACAAACUCUGGGCUUCAGGUUCGCUACAAUGGGAACCACCUGGUGGAAGUGACAGUACCAUCCUCCUAUGCUGGCCAGCUCUGCGGGCUCUGUGGGAACUACAACAACAGCAUGAAUGACAAUCUGCGCCCAGAUGGGAAACCUGUGGGCAGCGCCUCUCAGCUGGGGGCCGCCUGGCGGUCCUCAGGAGGCUCCGAGCCUGGUUGCUUCCUGGGGGGCGCUGAGCCCUCCAGCUGCUCAGAGGACAACACGGAGGACAUGUGGAGUAAGGACUGUGAGAUCUUGGUGAACCCUCUAGGGCCCUUCUCCAACUGCCACCGGCUGGUGCCCCCGCAGGCCAGCUUCGCCAGCUGUGUACAGGGCCAAUGUGGGACCAAGGGCGACGCCCUGGCCCCGUGCAGCUCCCUGCAGGCCUACGCGUCCCUGUGCGCCCUGGCCGGCCAGGCUCCUGCCUGGCGGGACCACAGCCACUGCCCCAUGGCAUGUCCACCCAACACCAUGUACCAGAGCUGCGUGACACCCUGCCCGGAGUCCUGUGCCAAGCUGGUGGCCCCUGGGGAAUGUGAGGGCCCUGCGUGGAAGGCUGUGCCAGCCUGCCUGGCUAUGCCUAUAGCAGCACCCAGAGCCUCCCCCUGGCCAACUGUGGGUGCACCACCAACGGCGUCUGCUACCAAGUCUGAGUGCAGUGGGAGGCCCCAGGGAGCUGAGGCACUGAUGAAGCCAGAGCCCCCACCCCACCCUGGCCCUUCUUCCUUUCUGGCUGGGUGA